ACACAGUCUCCCAUUGGGUGGUGUCCGCGGAGCUCGCGCUCCGGCGGCCUCGGCAGCCGCUGAUAGGCGGCAGCGGGAGCGCUUCUCCCCACCCGCAGCGCACCGCGUCGGUGCCUGGCAGCUAGAGGAUCGGCCCCGCCGCCGCCGCCAUCGCCAUGGGCACCCGGGACGACGAGUACGACUAUCUCUUCAAAGUUGUGUUGAUUGGAGACUCUGGGGUAGGGAAGAGUAAUCUUCUGUCACGCUUCACUCGCAAUGAGUUCAAUCUUGAGAGUAAGAGCACCAUUGGGGUGGAAUUUGCCACCAGGAGCAUCCAAGUGGAUGGGAAGACGAUAAAAGCCCAGAUCUGGGACACUGCAGGGCAGGAACGAUAUCGUGCCAUAACCUCGGCGUAUUACCGUGGUGCCGUUGGGGCCCUCCUUGUCUAUGACAUUGCCAAACAUCUCACCUACGAGAAUGUCGAGCGUUGGUUAAAGGAGCUUCGGGAUCAUGCAGACAACAACAUUGUCAUCAUGCUGGUGGGAAAUAAAAGUGACCUGCGCCAUCUGAGAGCCGUGCCCACCGAUGAGGCCCGGGCUUUUGCAGAAAAAAAUAACUUGUCUUUUAUUGAAACUUCUGCCUUGGAUUCCACAAAUGUAGAAGAAGCCUUCAAGAACAUCCUCACAGAAAUCUACCGCAUCGUCUCACAGAAGCAGAUUGCAGAUCGAUCUGCACACGAUGAGUCUCCUGGCAACAAUGUAGUUGAUAUCAGUGUCCCGCCAACCACCGAUGGACAGAAAUCCAACAAACUCCAGUGCUGUCAGAACCUGUGACCUGUAGAUGCUGUCUGUGCCCCUCACAUCUGUGCUUCAGUUAGAAACUUGUGUGGGCUUCUUUCAAAUAUUCUUGUGAUUCAAUGACUCCCUGUGUUCCUCUUCUCCACACCCCUCCCCAAACCCCGUCUUUCAUCUUAGAGCUUUAAUUGUAGGGCUAACAUUCCCCUGCCUCUGAAAUUCCCUUUUGAAUGUGAUGACUUUUGGGCUUGAAAUGUAGGCACUGAUCUGGUAGACAUAUUUGUUGUGGAACAUCUGCUGCUGGAUGUUAUCCCAUGAAGCACUCUUCUCAAAUGUAUAUUUUUAUUUUUGUGUGGGAGAGGAGGCAUGGGGACUUGGUUAGAAUGGCUGAAGAAAUAACUACAUUUAGGUUUUCAUUUUAUCUCCUAGUCAGACUUUUUCAUAGCCCCAUAUGUUUCUGUAAACAUGGGGGAGAAAUUAAAAGAAAAUAUCUAUUCUACCAAACAUUCUGUUUCUGUCCAGAUGAAGAAUCUCAGUGAGGUUUUUAGGGGCUGCACACACAAGUGGUGUUGAAAAUAACCUUACUUAUUAUGUAAUUCCCCUGAAUGCAGAGUUAGUCUGGCUGUGCAGUUUACUAUUUCCUGCCUGGGAAAUCUUCUCUUCUCUUAAUUUGUUUUAUCUGGGAUCAAUGAAGUAUGUCUGCAUUGCAUUAUUUGCCAUGAUGGAUGCCUGUUCGGCUCUGUGCAGGCAGUAUGGAGUGGCUUAAUAUUUAUUCUUGGCUUUGUUAAUUAACAUUAAUGUACAGUAAGGGCCAGCAUAUUAAUUUUAAGAUCUUUUUGCAAGCUAUAGAACUAGGUUCAUUUUAUACUGUAGAUCAGUGUCUGGAGGAGAAAUCCUCUCUAGUCCCAGAAUUUUUUUGCAUGCUGCUUUCUCACUAGGUCCAUCCUUAAAUCCAUUUGAGUGAGAGUAAAGCAAUAUUUUCAUGUCAUGUAUAUACCUGCACUUGUAAGGUUUUUUGGUUGUUGUAGAGAAACACAAUACUUUAUACAUUUUUGUAAAACUUAUGUAGAACUGUAGCAUCUUGGAUUUUCUUUCCAUUAUCUUUCACUGUUGACCUUGUGCUUAAUUUUUUUUCUUGACCUCUACUAAACUGUAUAAAAUUCCACAUAAUUAAUACACACAGUCCUGCUACUUCACUCUUAGCCUGUUUUCUGAAUUGCAGGUUGUAACUUCCAAAUGACUGUAACUCACAUCAUAUGACUGAUUAUCCGUCAUCAGCAGGGCUAACAACUCUAAAAUUUGUUGAAUGGGAAUAAUUUUAUCACAAACUUGUUAGUGGCUUGCAAGCUUGUGAAAAUCCUUGGUGGGGAAGUGUUCAGCAUCACCACUCUGGUACUGUUGCAUCUUCGCAGUAACCAGUGUUGUGUUGAAAGAGAAUCCCAGGUGAAAUGAUCAAAAUGAGGCGUUGGGAGCACCAGCUGUUCUUGGGAGGCUAGCUAAAGCAACUUGCUUCCAAAUUCGAGUCCAUGCCUCACUUGACAAAUCCUUCCUUGCAUGUCAGUGAGUUGUUGGGUUUUUUAUGUUACGAAGUGAAUCUAAAACUGUACAUUGUGUGCUUGGGGUGGGGGGGAGUUGACAUUCCAGUCUCAACUGUUUUGUAUCUGGUUAUGUAAUAAAAUUAAGGGCAGUUAACUCUGAUGGCUUUUCUUUAUAAGAUGUCCAACCAAAUACAUUGAAUUUUACAAAUAGAAGGCCAGAGUUUUAAGCUAAGCAGUCACGUGGUCUCAGUACUUUAUAGUUUAACAUCAGUUUUUUAAACUUAACCUGUUUUCUAGUACAUUCACCGCAGUCAUUGGCCAGGGUUUAUUUCAGGCUGUGGGAUUAUGCUCUAGAUGAACGAUCCCCAUCUCAUGGUGAAGGUAUUUAUCCCUCCUGGGCAUUGAUGGUGCUGUCCCAGCAAACUCCCAGUGCUGGAAGCACUCUCAGCACAUGACACUAGCACUAAUAACAUUCUGAGAACAGGACUCCUAGCAAGCCUGGACCCUUCUGGUGUGUCGGAGCCAUUGUGUGACUUGCAGUUAGUAUUUGGAGGCUGGUAGGGGAAGCGCAUCAUACAUAAUGUAUUUAAAUAUUCUCACAAAGGUUUGAAAAUAUUCCAGGCAGCCGCUCUUGGAGCUGGAUUUUUUUUUUAAAAAAAACAAUAGCUCUAUAAACAGAACACUUUAUAUAAAGGAGUAGGGAGCAGUCCCUGAGUACUUUCAAUGGCAUGAGGAAGAAUUGUGCUGUUAAGAGGCCUUAGUUCAGGGUAAUUUUACUAAUACUGUGAUUACUCUGCAAAGCCUGUGUUUCUAAAGAUGAACUUUACCUUCCUCUCCUCUUGUUAGCUGGUGAGGGUUUUUCUGGCUAGUUUGAGAAGAGUUGAGAGAAGAGUUGAGAGAAGCAGUAAGUGUCAUAAUUGGUUAAAUUCCUAGGCUCUGGAAUAGAAACACUUUUACUCCUGGGAUUUGUGCAGAGCUCUAGGAUUUGGCUCAAAGCCCUAAUAAACAAUCCUUGUCCAGGGCUCAAGUACAACCGACUGUCUUGCUUACUGAAGAGAUCCUGUGCUACUUCCACCUGCCCUAAGAGGUCCUGGCAUAAUGAGCUGCUUAGUUGUGCUCUCCCCCGGCAAUAAAGUGGGACUACACUGCCCACGUCACAGCACUGCCGUGGCUACGCUGUCACAUGGGCAGUGUAAACCUACCCUUAAUUUUCUGGCUGCACUCUAGCCCAUACUUGAAGUUGUUUCUGUCUGCAGUGGUUGGUUGCUUCGUUAGACUAGGUCUGGACUGUUUCCCACAGCCUGUUCUACAAUUGUUUGCAAAGUCAGCAGAGCACAAAACUCUUCCCCCUCCUGUGAGGAUGAGAUGAUUUUGCCUAAGGUAUGCCAGAGGCCAUUAGCACUAGAGAAAGGGCACUUACUGUAGUCUUAAAUCUUAUUAGCUCUUAAAUGUCUUCCCAUGCACAGAUAGGAAACCUUAAUGGGGUUACCUUGUAAUCUAAAGACCUUGAUUCUUCCCACAUGCCAAUCCCAUACGCUUCUGAAAUGUAGAGUGAUUAGAAAGCAUUACAGGUGCCUGCUGUUGGAGUCCAUGCAGAGGGGAGCUGGACAAAGGAAUUCAAAGGAAGCUUUCUGAUAGUCAGACCUGGAGUAGCUAGAACAAACCUUCAAAUAAGCUGUGCAGUAGUGCAGACUAUUACUACACUUUCUUGACAUGA